UGGCAGUGUAACACAUUCUGCGCAUGCGCAUGUCUUCAUGUGUACAGGGGUGUGCGGAUAAAUGUUUGGUGAAGUCGUCGCUUUAUUUUGUCUAAACAUAUUGUAGUCAGACUUGUUGCUCGUUAAGAAAAAUGCAGAAAUUUGCGAACUCAAAACGAGCGUAUUAUCGUGAUUUUGUAACAACAUAACAAACUGUAGAUAGCCAACCUUUGUACUGUUAGCAUGGCGUUAGUUUCGCUCGCUAGCUCAACGACGUAGAGGAUUGUUAUUUCUUUAACCGGAUAUCUCCUCCUGCUCCCCCGAUAUUCAAGGAUUUAGAGGAUAAUGUAGGAAAAUAGCUGUUUAAAUGUGUUUUUUUGUGUCCUGCUUUCGGUACAUUUGGCUGUUCUCUUCUGGGUCGCUCGGAGUCAGCUUUAGUUCAUACUUUAAUAAGCAUGUGAAAGCAGUCCUGUUGAAAUAAAGGGUUAAAAAUGGACAAAGACUUGUUAAGACAGUGUCUUACGCAUCAUGGACGGUCUCUGCUGGAUAAAUUGAAGUGUGAACAGACAGAAAACCCAGACUUUCAAGCUGUGGUGACUGAUCUGAGCAAGGCCACGCGUGAAAGGUGAGCUGAUGAAACACCCCACCUCCGCCGAUUUGACUUGAGUCUGGAAAACUUCACUUCUAAUCUGGAGUUAGUCCAUCAUUUGAUAAUCAGACCUCCAAUUAAGAUUAAUUUAAGAGUGAUAUUCUCUGGUCAGGAUAUUGUCACUUCUGCAUGAUGGUAUCCAUCUCCCCAGUGCGCAUCCCUCGUAAACUUUAUUUCACAUUGGUAAACUUUAGAGCCUCUGCUUAUUGUCUUUCUUGCAGUGGUGGUGAAAAGUUGGAUAAUCCUCUUGUGGAGCAGUUCAUUGCCAGGAAGGCAGACAUCCUGUUCUGUCCAGCAUGGAGGACCGCAGCUGCUCAGGAGGAGAAGCACGCCGAAGAGGAAGAGGAGGAAGCUGCGGGUGUGUUUUGGUUUGACUCAGAAAUUUUGAACAACUGUUAAGUUGCCUCAUGCUUUCUGUGGUAAUAUGUUCAACUGAGUCUGAAUCAAGCACAUAUUUGGCUCUAUCUCAGUCAGUUCACAGGAUAUUAGCACAACACACUGUUUAAAAAGUCAGGUAUUGGACAUGCCCUAACAGACCAAAAUACAGUCAUCAAUUUUUAAGAAGGGGCUAAAGACUUAACUUUUUAACCAGGCUUUUCACUGAUAGCCUUGUCUUAUUUCUCUUAUUGUAAAUGUUCAUUUUAAUCAAAGUUCUUAAUGUUUUUUUUUAUGUAAUUCAUUAACUUUUAUGUUUGUUCAUUUUAUUGUAUUUUCUUGUUUUAGUCCAUCAGGUUUUAGUCUUUCUUUUUACUCAAAGCUCAAUAUUAUCAUGCUCUAAGUUCAUAACAGUCCUGUCACAUAAAAAAAUAACACUUUUGUACUGAACUUGCUUUCCACAUGUGCUCUCUCCCAGAGCCCUACGCCAUCAUGCCACCUGUGGAGUUAUUCAUGGAGGUGUCUUUCGAGGAGAGGAGAACCAUGCUUUACAGAGACCUGGAAAGAGGGGACAUUGUGGUGGGAAGGAUUAACAACAUCAGAGAAUACGGAUUCUUUCUGACACUCCUCUGCACGGCUGGAGGACUGAAGAGAGACAUAGAGGAUUUGGAGUUGUCGGUAGGUCAAAAUUCAUGCAGAGUUCAGACCAUGCAGUCAAAUGUACUUAAGUUAUGCCAUGAACCUUGUAACAGAUCUAACCACUUGGUUUAACAUGAUGUGUGCAGAAGCAUUGAGGUUGUAAGUGGGCUGUUGCACCAACUUUGUGGUUCUGCAAAGUCUGGUAAACAGUGAUGUGGCACAUGAUGUGCUGCCAAGUCAUGUUCUUGACAAUAAUAGUUAACCAGUAUAGAUUUUUCAACUAAAGAUGUUCUUAAUGAGAGAGAGGGUUGGCUAAGGGCUGAUACGUGAUACCACUAUCCCAUUAUUGUUUUUUGCACCAAUGAAAUACAACAAGUUAAUGAUAAAAAGUUGUUGUUCUGAGUGUCUGAAUUGUUUUGCUCUGCACUUUUAUUUUGAUUGACACAUACUUGAUCAGAUCCUGUGUUUCCUCAAUCCUAAGGCACUUUGUCACGUCAAAGAAAUUCCCUCCACUGGCAAUCACGAUGAUCCUCUGUCAUACUACCAGAUCGGUGACUUCAUCAGGGGUAAGUUUCCCGUAGCGAGCUUACAUAACUUUUAUUUCUGACGACUACAAUUUGAUUUAUAUGCAAAAGUCAUGAUUUGUGACAGUUAGUACAAAGUAAUUACAGCUGUAGGUGUGUCUGGCAUGUGCCUAGCUAAAUAAUUAUGUGUAAUUGUGUGUUUGUUGAGAGAGUUUGAGGAAUUCUGCUCUAUGGUAAACCCUGUUGAGGUCAUACCCAUUUCAUGCUUGUUUUCUAAAAAGUUAUUGAAGCUCUAUCCUUGUCAUAUGCUUUUUGUCAUUCUGUAGCUGCGGUGAAAGAUAUUGACCGCUACCAGGAGAAAAUCACAGUCUCCCUCCACCAGGUGUCUCUUUCUUCCAACUUGGAGCACAUCAAACUGGGUGUCAUUCCCAGGGAAGAGCUUCCUAUACACUACAGGUGAAAAUGCAAUUUAACAAAUUAUGACAAUGAUCUCUGAAAGACAUGAUUAUAAAAGUUAUAAAAUGUCAAAUAUUGUAAAAAGUUUUAGAACUACUUGAAGAAGAAAAAUCUGACUGCUCCAACUCGGCACCAAUGAAAUAUUUGCGAUUUAUUUGAAAUUCAGAUAUCAAACCAGUAAAUCUCUUAAAUCUACCAAUGUUCACUCCAAAGUUUUGUAAUACUUCAGACACUCUUUACUUUUAUAGUUGUUUAGAUUAUUGUAAUCCUCCUCCUCUAUUUUUUUGAUAGACAGGUAAGAUUAUUUCUCAACAACACAUCAUUGCUGUGAAUACAGCUCUACUCACAGACCUGUAUCUGUAAUCACUCAUCCACCAAAACAAGUUUGGUAGAUUUCAGGUUUGUUUGAAACAGAAAAAAGGGAAAAAGACAGGCAAUAGUGAGAAAAAAAUAACAGAGACGUUUACAAAACUAAAGAAGAACAUGCAUGAAGUGAACACUUUACAAAACAAGGUACAGGAUUUGAUGAUGUAUAAGUACUGAGUUCUAGUCUGACACUCUGACCCUUCUCUUAAGUCGUAGUGUUCGUGCCGCCGCUGACUCCAGUGAGACAUAUGAGUGUAUACUGCAGAGUUGCCACGGUUACCACAACCCCUCUGUUGUGGAUUACCUGCUUGAGAAGGUGGGGAUCAGUGACGAGCAUCCACCAUCAAUGAUGAGAGGACUGCAGAGGUAAGAUAGACAUGUUGGCUAGCUGACUCUUCUAAUGAGCCUGACCCUUUUUUUGGGGGGGGUCUAGAAUUUGAGAAUUUUCUGGAGCACCAAAUUGCUCAUAUGGUCAUAUGUAACAUGUGUCGAGCACAGUAGCAGCAUGUACCUGUUCCAUACUUUGACUUCACGAUCAUUCAAUCUAAGACCCAAGCAGAGAUUACUGGUAGAGACCUGUUUCUUUUUGCUUUUUUGUCGCUAGUUUCGAUGCACAAGUCGUCCUACAAUAAUGACAAAUGAACCGUAACCCAUUUAAGAACAGGAUGCCUUAAUGCCGGAAGGAGACGACCGCUCUACAAGUCACUGAUGUGAGUCUUUGUCUCCACAGUAAACUGUUUCAAGAGGAGGAUUUUGCUUCUGUAAUCAGGAAGAAGCAGUCUGCAUCGUGGGCCUUGAAGUGGUAACUCUAAACCUUUAAGUCUGAGUACAGAAAUUACCCAGAUAGACCAGUUCCAUCAUAGUAAUAAAGUUAUAGAACAAAGUGAACAACCCAACCCAAACAUCAUCUCCAUUUCCCUUGUCUGUCUGUGCUCUCAGUGUCCGUGCAGGUGUGGAUCACUUCAAACAUGGCCGCCAUGUGGAAGCCAUGAAUGAGUACAACAAAGCCUUGGAUAUCGACACUAAUAAUGUAGAAGCUCUGGUGGCACGUGGAGCUCUGUGAGUCAAUCCGGAAUUUGAAUAAUUAUAAUUAUUCAAUAAUUAUUGAAUAAUUAUAAUCAAACACACAUGACAAUGAAACAUCCGUCGAAACUUGACACCACACCUGUCUCUGUUAUUGUUUUUUACAAUGGGAACAUAUCUUUGGCCUGCUGCAUGUUCUGCAUAAAACCACAAAUGUAAAAAUUUUUUCAGCCUUUGAAGCAAAAACUGAAUGAUUUACCCUCAGAUUGAUAUUCUGGAAAACCGCAGUGACACUGCUCACUUGUUCUUAAAAGCAUUUACUUUUCACUUAUAAGCCAGGGCUGCAGCUAACAGCUAAUUUCAUCACUGAUACUUUUGCUUUUUUUCACGAUUUAUUGAUACUUUGUAAACUGAUAAAAUAUUCAGAUAGAAGUUAAGAUUGAAAGCAUGCAGAUUGCCUAGCAGGUUAGCAGGCCCCCUAUGGAGGCUAAAGUCCUCAUUGUGGUUUCGAGUCCCUGCACCGACCAUUUGCUGCAUGUCAUCCCCUCUCUCCCAUAUUUCCUGUCGCUUCACUGUUCUAUCCAUUAAAGGCACAAAACACCCCUAAAAAUUGAGAUUGGCGGUCUAAUCAUCCUGGCACUUUUAUUUCGAACUUGCCUUCUGUGUUUCUAUAAAAGCAAAGUACAGGUGCGUGUAUUAUUUAUCACUUAUGCACUACCAUAGUGUGUGCUUUUGUUGUCAGUAAAUAAAAUGUCAAUUAAUAAAAUACAAAUAUUCCUAAAUUUAUAGCUGUAAUACAUCAUUGCCAAGUAUUUCAAGUCAAAACAUAAUGUUGUAACAACAGUGUACCAAUAAGUCCUGGCUCUGUACUUUGGAGACAGACAAGAGUUUCAGAGUUUUUUUCGCAGAUGUAGCUGGCGUCUCCGGUAUCUGCUUCGACAUGCUGUGUAUUUAGGUGGGAGGGGGUGGGUGAGAGUUUGUGAAGAGAUGCACGGGUGGUUUCACGAAUGAGCAGUCCCCAGGAACAUUUCCCCAGACAAACGUUCCUUCUCCUCGGAAUAACAGCAUUUCAGUCACAUUAUUCCGAUUUACGUGAUAUUCCAAGUUUAACAGUAGAUUCUGUUUUUGUUGGCCAAUUCCGUGAUUCCGUGAACGAGGAAAUCAUAGGGCCCUAAUUAUUGUCCUAAUAAAUUGCAAUAAAUAAAUUUGUAAAUCCCAACACUUACGGAGCUGGAGCCGGCAAAUUUGAUAUUUUUGUUUGAAUUACUCAAAAAAAUUGUUUAUAGUAGUCAUAAAUUUAUUUAUCUCACCAUUCAUCAUGAUUUGUCAUUUUAGUUCUAAUAUAAAUGGGAAUUUCCUUAGUGUCUUUAUAAAAAGAGCAGCUUUAAGCAAAUAGAUUAAUACCUGUUAAGUUUAAUAGAUAAUAAGAAUAGAUGCUCUUGAGCCAAGCAACCGCCCCAGAUAUCAGCAGAAAAACAAGAUUUUCUUUUCAUGUGUCUUUAUUUCAAAGUAUUUCCUUCUAUGGUUGUUCACAGGUAUGCAAACAAAGGCAGCAUUGUGAAAGCCAUCACCGACUUUGAAUUGGCCCUGGAGAGCUGCCCAGAUCACCGCAAUGCCAAGAAAUACCUCUGCCAGACACUCGUGGAGAGAGGGAAACAGUAAGAGCUGCUGCCUUUGCUUUCAUAAGAAGUUUAGAUGUGUGGGAUCUUUAAAACACAGUCUUGUUAGAGAAGUGGUUUUGACUUAAGUAUGUUGGUGGUAAAAAGUGUGAAAAUCUUACCAAUACUGUGUUUGUUGUGUACGUAAAUACUGCAUCAUAUCAGAACAUCACAAGAUUGCCUGGGCUUAAACGAAAACAGACACAAAUAAGAUCACAUAGACUGUGUGAAUAUUAAACUGUUCAUUUUUUUAAACUUAAUUUUUGCUCUUAUACUUAAAGAGAGACCCAAAAGUUGGUAAACACCAAUAUAGUAUCAUAGUAAGUAAAGAUAAACUAAUAGUAGAUGUCGAAGAAGCAAUUUUGGAGGCAGACAUGUUAGUAACUAAGAUUUUGAACUUUUAAUUUUUGGAAAAGAGUGGAAAUCUAGAAAAAUAUGGACUUUUUUUUUUUCUUUUUUUUUUUAAGAAAAUGGCCAGACAUAAAAUGUCUUUCAGCACAUUAUUUUAUUUUUUUUAUAAUGAAUAGAUUUACUAUUUGUCUUAUUGUGUUUGUGAAAAGUAAGAUGUUAUUUUCCUCUGAAAACAUUUACUCACUAAGAGCCUCUGAGCUCCUCAAAUGUUUUUCUUUUGUGUGCUCUGUGCAAACAGACUAUUAUCUUGUGUGCACAAUAAGAGUAUCCAAUAGGGACAAGUUAUAAUCUUGUCAGAUCAAGUUCCUGACUUGUGUACGCUUAAAAAUUAUCGUGUGGAAACAAGUUAUUAUCUGCACAAGUUGUCUGGUCGUGUGCAGGAGUCAACGUCUCUUGCUCACAAGUUAGUAUGUGCAAUUUUGUUAUCUUGUUAAAACAAGUUUUUAUCUUGUGUGAGAGAGCUUAAAUCUUAUGUUAACAAGAUAAGUAUUUCCUGCAUAAAAAUGAUUGCACUCAAGAUAAAAAAGAACCUUAAAGGAAAAUAAAACAAUUUUCGUGCAGAAGUUGAUUAUUUGUACGCACAAAAUAUCCUUUUUAAACCUUGUUAAUUCGGCAUGUUUACUGUUUUUUUCAGCUGCAGCUACACGGAUAUGAAAAUUUUGUUUUACUGCAACUAAGAUUUGGUAGAGCCUGUGUUCCCAUCAUAAAAAAGGAGAGUCAGAGUAAAGAGUCGGUGACCUUUUAACCCAAAGAUCUUAUAUAUGUAUCUAGGCUUGAAGAACAAGAGAAACUGGUAACAGCAGAGGGACUGUACAGAAGAGCGCUGUCUCUGGAUGACCUAAACCCUGAGGCGAAGGAGGCCCUUCACAAGAUCACAGACACCAUACAGGUGAGCUGGCCACAUCACAUUUCCACAGGCAUGAGGAAACUUAUGUAGGCCAGCAUGAUUUGUAUUUGAGAUACAACUUUUCAAAAACAGGAAGAGCAAAGACAAGACUUAAAAAAAAAAAGAUCACUUACACUGCUGCUUCAGGGAGUCUCAAUCCUGUUGAAACUUUAACUACAAUAGAUAUUAGGAUAGUUAGAUUUUUGAUCAAAGAAAACUUAGAUUUGACAUCUUAGUCAACUGUCUGAUGAUAUAUAUAGAUAUAUAUAUAUUUUUAUAUAUAUAUUUCAUCUGUUCUAAAUCAGUUUAAUGAAGCUGUUCUGGUACUGUGUAUCCAGGAAAAAAAUAAACUUAAUUAUUGACUUUGCUUAGAGCCAAGGUUAAACACAAGUGGAUGCUUAGUUUUAAUUUUCUACUGACGCACAUUAAGGUUUCGUACUGCUGUCUUAACGUCGUCUGGAAUGGAGAUUUACUACCAGCAGGAUUUUAUUUUGGGUCAUCAUGCCAGGGAAAACAUUUACGUAAAAAUGGGUUUGCGGUUUUAGUCCUCUAGUUUAUCUCUUUGGCUAAGUUAUGGACACAUGAGUUUUUGGCCAUUCUUAAUUAGGAAAUCAUUCAGAGUGUUUUUCACUUUUACAAUUUAAUUAGACUUAAAGAGUUCAUGAGAUUUCUGCCCCCGGUUAUGAAGCACUAAAACUUCUGCUGAUGUUGUCUGAAACGACUGAAUGUAAAAAAUAAGGACAGCCAAGUCAGUUUUUUUCUGCUGGUGUAAACAAUGUUGAGGCAUGUCUAUAAUCCAUCAAUGUUCAGCAGAUUCACCACUUAAUAGAUUUAAUAACCAAGAGGCUUAACAGUAAAGUAGGUCCUCAAAUGUUAUGAUAAUGUGUCAUAUGGGCAAGUACAAGUUCAGUUUGUCUGAAUGGAUUUAGACCAGGUCAUGCUAGUACACUCGUCCAACAAGCAAAACUGGAAACUGACCCAGUUCUUUCUCCACACCCGUCUGAUGAUGCCAGCUACUGUCUGCUACUUGUGUUUAUGUGAGAGAGGGAGAGAGACGGAGAGAGAGAGAGGGGAGAGAGCGAGCGAGAGAGAGAGAGAGAGAGAGAGAGAGAUGAAACGCUGUCCAUGGUGCUGAAAGCUGCCUGUGUUGAAUGCGCAGAAAUCCUCUUGUUUUUUAAGUUUCUGGUGUUUUAUCAUUGAGUAUAAUGAGCGUAUUUAUGUAAAGAUGGAUGGCACAUCUCCACCUCUCGAUGUUAGAAAGUGAAACCAAAACACCCCCUCAAAGACAUAAACAAAUCAGCUUGACAAGAACUAAUUGUACGGACAGAAACCGUGUUGAGGGGGAACUUGUGUUUCUUUUUUUGUGUUUAAAACCAUGUAGACCAAAAAAAACAAAGUAGACUAUGACCAAUACUGCAGCCAGUCAGUGUACAUCUUUUGGCUUCACUUUGCUGAAACUGUCAUGUCAUCCAUCUCUUUUGUCUACCUCUUGUUCUGUUUAUUGAUUUGACUUUUACACUUGACGUUGUUUGUAAUACUGACGAAGUGUUUUGGUGUUUGCUGUGUGUCCUUGAACCCCGGGACUCUGCCCCCUGACCAUCCAACUGCCACGGCUUUUCCAUCUGCCUCGUGGGGGGGACGAAAAAAAAAAUCUUAACUGGACAAUGACGACAACCCCUCCGCCGGACACUGUUGUGCGCCGUGUGCCCGGUCCACGUACGGUAACGUUGAAACCUUCUCUGUCUUGAUGGGGAUCGAACACUCUUUCAUUUCUCUGCACAUCUUCGCCUCUACCUCUGUCCAUCCAUCUGCUUCAAUACUAAUCACCCAAUAAUGGAUCUCACCACUUCUUCUGUGGUAAAUAAAUAACUCCUAAUAUUUCUUUGUCAUGUCAUGUAUCUGUCAACAUCCCUCUGACUCUUCCAACCUUACACCCUCCCUCUACCUUUCCAUAUUUUUAAUUUACAACGUGAAUUGCUGGAAAAAUGAAUGGGGCAUCUGUUGCAUGUCCUGGAUGCCGCGCAUGUGCUUGAAUAUGUCGCUGUGGGCAUUUGCCUUCCGUUGUCGUGUCUUGCUUUGCCUCAACGGGCGACUGUAAAGAAAUCAAUUCGCCUUCGAGAAGAGGCGCUCGCUAAGGAGCAGGUGAAAGCUAAAAGCGGCCAGACCAGCGCUGAGAAAUUGCGUAAGAUCCUAAAAGAAGAGAAGAGGUGAGUUGGCACUGAUCUUGUAAGGUACGGCAGGUAAUUUUUCUGCUUGGAAGAAAAUUCAUGAAUUAAAUGCGUCAUCUUCUAAAACGAAAAGAUUCAAACAACAUCUUUUUUUUUUACAGGAUGAAGAAAAAACGAAAGAGAUCGGCAUCGUCUUCAUCCUCAUCUUCCAAUACGUCCAGGAAUUCCUCUUCUUCUUCGUCCUCUUCCGCAUCUCGCAGGAAGUCCAAAAAGAAGAAAAAGAAGCGGAGGAGGUCCGAGCGGGGGAGUAAGCGCCAUCGCCGGAUCUCCUCGAGAGAGAGCAGAAGGAGCGAUGAGGGUAAGAACGGGAAAAACAGGAAGGGGAAAGAGGAAGAGGAGGAAGUGGAGUGGUAUCCCGCUCCUCCAAACACAUCCGCCACCUUCCUGAACCAAAAGGGAGGCCCGAGGUUUGGGGAUGGAGAAGAGGGGGAGGAAGAGGAGAAGGAUGGCGAGGAUAGAAGGAUCUCUCAACUGUAUUCUUUGUCGGCUGCAUCAGACGACGAAGAGUCUGACUCCUCACGCAGGGAGAGGAAGAGGAAGGACAGAGAGGAGAGCAAGGCAGGAAGGAAGAAAAACAGUCAGAGCAAAAGCCCAGGAAGAGAGGAGAGGAGGAGCAGGAGUAGAGAGAGGAGGGAUAGUUGGAAGGAGGAUAACAGGAAAGACAGGAGAGACAGCAACCCCAAGAGGAGGAGUAGCUUAGAGGGGGACAGAAACAGAAAAGUGUCCUGCUCAUCGGCUGACUCCGAGUACUCGCGGAGGUCCAGCGUCAAAUCAGAAUUUUUAGGCAACUCCGGCUCUGCUUCAAAACACUCAGAGAGCCAGAGGAGACGGGACUCAUCCAGGAGAGACUCCCUCGAUGGAGGACGAUAUGAGAAUAGAGGAAAGGAGGGAGAAGAGAUAAAAAGAGAGAGAGACAGCGUUAAAGGGAAGGCAGAGGUAGAGAGCAGCAGGUCAGUGGAGAGAUUUGCCGUUAAUCCCGCUAAAAAGAGCAGUUUGCCGGAAGGAAAUCCCAAAAAAGACCUCCCCACCAACCUCCUGGACAUUUUCAAUCAGAUCGCACAGUUUGAGAAGGAGAAAGCAGGGAAGCCAAAAUAACCACAAAGCAAAAGUUCAGCAUGAGACUCUGAAAGACAAGGACACGGAUCACUCACUUCAUGAAAUCACCGCUCGAGCAAACGCCAGAUGUGUUAAUUGAAUGUCCUGACUCGUUGAAAUUCACUUUCUAUAUUAGGAGAAACGUCUCUGACUUUUUACUUUCUGUGUCUGAGUCUUUGUGUUAGAUUUCAGGCCUGUGAUCAGCCGCAGUGUCGGCUCUUUAAAACGAAUGAUUUGGUAACUUUAUCUUAAUCCAAGAGGAGUGUUUUUUUUCCUCGCUCUCUUAAAUUGGAGAUAACUGAAGAAUUUGUUUUACGUUAUAUGGAAUACAUGAUUUAUGAUGAUGUGUGAUUUUUAGUCAUCCAGAGCAUCAAUUUUUGGCACAAUUUGACCAGAUUAUUACACAGUCGAGUACAUAUAAAGUAAAACAUUUGCUUCAGGCUUUAAUCACUGUUCAAUAUUUCUUCUUCUGUUCAGUUUAAGUCAGUUUUUAUGUCUGCUAAAGAAAGUUAUGCCUUAUGUUUACUGCCUCGUACCAUUUUGUGCAUUCUCACUGUGGCUUGUUGAACCCUUCUCCCGAACAACCUGACUGUUAGGUACUGCAGUACUUGUUUGAGCUGUACAAAGAUGUUCUCGUUGUUUUCCAAAAUACCUCCCUGCUCUAGUCAAACAAAAACAUCCGAAACAAUAAAGCAUUUGCCAUGAAAAAAAUUACCUGUCAUUGUC